AGCAUCUACUUGGUGUCAGGCCGAGGACGGGCUGGUGACAGAGGACAGACUCACCUGACUGACUCGAGAUGAAAGUCCGUGUCGUGCAGAUCUGGGGGUUCUUGAUGACAGUGCUGGGCUGGAUCUUUAUCGCGUGCACGAUGGCCAUGGAGGGCUGGAAAAUCACCUCCAUCGGUGGGAUGGGGGGCUCCUCCAUCAUCAAAGUGGCCUGGUACUGGUCCAGUCUGUGGAGAUCCUGCUUCACAGACUCCACAGCCGUCAGCAAUUGCUAUGACUUCCCUGUUCUCUGGUCUGUGGAGGGACACAUCCAGAUUGUUCGCGGACUACUGAUGGGGGGUCUGUCCUUGGGCAUGCUGGGCUUUGUUCUGAGCCUGCUGGGAAUGGAGUGCACGUACUUGGGAGGCAAAGACGUCUCCAAGUACAAGAAGAUCUACGUUGGAGGAUGCUUCCACAUCAUCAGUGGUGUACUCGCCACGAGUGGUUAUGCUGUUUACGCCCAGUACGUUUCGGUUGAAUAUUUCAACCCAGACUUCGAUGGACUGAAGUACGACCUCGGCACACCGAUGUUCCUCGGCUGGGUUGGCUCUGCAUUUCAAAUGGCUGGUGGCUUCUUUUACCUGUGGUCAGUUUGUAAGCCUCUUUGUGGUGGGGAGCCAGUGGUGAUCCACAUCCAGCCUCAGCAGGACCCGGAGCUAAACAAUAAGACCAAGUCCACCACUGAAAUGUCCACUGUGUCAGAGAUCACAUCUAAAACCAAAGUGUCCUCAAUAUCGGAACUGUCGUCCGAGUCGGACCUCUCCAACAUGUCCAGCAUCACCUCCAGGUCUGGACGGACAUACAAGUCUGGACGCACCGAGAGGUCGGAGCGAUCAUCCAAGACGAGACGGACCACCAGGUCAGGGACGGGGUCUGGCGUCUCAUCAAGCUCCAGUGCCUCGACGGUCUCUGAGCUAAGCAGCAGGAGGAGUGGCAGCAACAGAACCAUUUCCUCACUGUCUCGCAGCUCACGGAGCGAGGCCGCACCCUUCAUGAAAAACUCUUACAUUUGACCACUGUUUUCUUCAACCGAUUCCGUGAGUGUGAUAACGUUUGAAUAUAUUUCACCUGUAAAGAUGUAAAUAA